AGAUGUAGGUUUGUGUUACCUGAGGCGCUCGUUGUGCUGACGUGGUUUGUUUCAGGAAGCGGUGACUACAGCGUGGAGUCGAGGAAAACUUCCAAGGAUUUAAAACGGUUUUAGCGCUUAAUGGUUUUGAAUCAUAGCAUUUUCAAGGCUACCAGACAUGGAGCACUGGAGCCUUAUUUCACUGUGUGUUUUGCUUGCACUAACAGCGAGAUGGGCCGUGUCUUUUAACUCUUACUCAGGCGCUGGCAAAGCACCGAUGUUUGGGGAUUAUGAAGCCCAGAGGCACUGGCAGGAAGUGACGUACAAUCUCCCUGUUCAGGAAUGGUACUUCAACACUACAGACAAUGACCUGAACUACUGGGGCCUGGAUUAUCCUCCACUAACAGCCUACCACAGUCUCUUAUGUGCUCAUGUUGCAAAGCUGAUUAAUCCUGCAUGGGUGGAGUUGCGUAGUUCCAGAGGAUAUGAGAGCGCCUCUCAUAAAUUAUUCAUGAGGGCUACAGUUCUCGUCUCAGAUAUAUUGAUAUACAUACCAGCAGUCCUUCUGUACUGCUUCUACCUCAGCGAAGGAUCCUACAAAAAGAAGGCUGCCACGGCUCUGUGCAUCCUACUUUAUCCGGGACUCAUCCUAAUCGAUUUUGGUCAUUUUCAAUAUAACAGCGUGAGUCUAGGCUUGGCGUUGCUGGGUGUAGUGGGACUAGGUUUGGGUCGGGACCUGCUUGGAUCUCUGGCCUUCACCUUGGCUCUCAACUACAAACAGAUGGAGCUGUACCAUGCAUUGCCUUUCUUCUGCUACCUCUUAGGCAGGUGCAUUAAACAAGGCCUUCUGGGCAAAGGGCUGCUUCUGUUGGUGAAGAUCUCAUUGACUGUGCUGGUGACGUUUGCACUCUGCUGGUUGCCUUUCCUGUCAGACCCACAGCAGAUCCUGCAGGUUCUGCAUCGUUUGUUCCCAGUCGACCGCGGUUUAUUUGAGGAUAAAGUGGCUAACACAUGGUGCAGCUUGAACGUGCUGAUAAAGAUCAAGACCCUGCUGUCCAGAGAUACUCAGCUGCUCCUCAGUUUUGCUCUGACUCUCCUAUUCAUCUUGCCUUCGUCAAUUAAAUUGUUGACCAAACCCACAAUUUUGCAAUUUAAAUUGGCUUUGGUGAACUCUUCACUGGCCUUUUUCCUCUUCUCCUUUCAAGUCCAUGAGAAGUCCAUCCUGCUGCCAGCCUUGCCAGUGUGCCUUCUGAUGAAUGAACUUCCAUUAAUGGCCACUUGGUUCCUGGUGACUUCCACUUUCAGCAUGCUGCCUUUACUGCUGAAGGAUGGUUUGCUCCUGCCUUAUGUGGUGACCUCACUGGCCUUCCUCUACUUCAGUGUAUAUCUUCUCUCGGCUCUUGAAAGGACCUCAGAGGAGGAGCUCAGACUGGGCCCGUGUCAAAAACGCACCCAGUAUUGCCUUUCCAAACACACCCUCAGCCUGCUAAUCAAAUGCACAUUUGGAGCCUCGUUGGUGUUCAUGGCUGGUCUGAGCUUUACGAGUGUGGCAGUGGAUCCUCCAGCAAAACUGCCGGAUUUGUACCCAGUUGUAGUAUCCGUUUUCUCCUUCGUCCAUUUCCUGGCCUUGUUGCUGUAUUUCAAUCUAGUCCAACUGACUGAGCUGACCAACAAAAAGGGGCAAAAGAAGACAAACUGAAACAGAGGGACUAUUUGGAAUGGGGAUAAUUAUGGAGAAUGAUGACAAAGAAAAAGGAGAAUUCACUGCAUUAGGAUGGAUUGGGCCUAAUUUAGGAAAUUGAAUUUCCUCUUAAUAAAUAGCUUGAGAAAAGCCCCUCUGUUUAAAAUAGUGACUUGGAAUGGAGGGAAAGUUUAGCCAAAUUACAAAAGAAUGAUUCUAAAAACAUAAAGUCCCAUUGCAGAAGUGAUUUAAUAUGUAUUCAUUUUAUAUAUAAAUAAAUACAUAAAAAUUUUACUUACAUCCUUGAAAGGACCAGCUCGCAAUGACCAUUUGUUACCUUCCUUUAUUAACAAAUUUUUCUACACAUCAAUAAAUUCUUUUGUACAAAAUUGUUGUGGGGUCUCUUAUUCUGUAUCAGCAAACCAGAAAAUCUCCUUGAAAUGAUGAAUAAAAUUACAGUAAGAUCAAGCACUUUAAGUGAACGUCAAAAAAAUACCGUGCAUGUGUCCCCACAAAAAAAAAAAAGAUAUACCUUGAAUAAAAUGCAUUGCCUGCAUGCCCCAUUAAACAAAAAUGAUGGGAAGGGACAUAUCGGAACACAAUGUCAUAAAGCUGAAAUACCAGAGGAACAAAGGUGCACACAAUCUUUCGCCACCUCCUUCUUUCACACGAGUUAAUGACUGGUAUUAAAAAAAUCCAUUACAACUGUAAAUGUUAUCAGGUCACAGAGGGGCUAUAGUGUUACAGCUUGCACAAGCCCCGCAGCCCCACACACACACGCGACUAGGAGAAUGGACUGCUUCUGAUUCAAUACGUGCAGAAAAACAGAGAAAUCAAAUACAGAUAGAGAUACAAUUGGCGUUAAAGGAGAAAAAGACAGGUUGGUUAAUUCAGUGAUGGACCAGGAAACAAGCACCAAAAACAUUAAGGAGCUUGACCAUGGUUGUAAGACCUUGCACUAUCUAGUUAUAAGUAAGGAAAAUAAAUACACCUGGGGGCAUGCUGCUAUAGGAAAAUAAUCAACAAUGGGGCAGUGUAAUGCAACCUGUUACAACAGUGAUUAUUUAAUAUAGCAGUAUGCCAACAUGUUGUAUUACACUUAUAAAACAGCAAUUUCCUAAUGAUUUAAUUUAUUAAUGAAUGUCAUUUUUAUCCAUUUAUAGUUAGGUUUAAUGUUGUGGAUCCUGUUCCUGUUCACGCUUAAGAUUAUAAACUGCCUCUGUUGUUCCCUCACCAGCCUUUUUUCCCCCUCUCCGUUGUAUUGAAUAAGACACAAAAAAAAUGCAUUUCGUUAUGUUCCUGAGAACCUGAAAAGCACAAAGUGGAAACGGAAAGAACGUGCUCCCGUGGUUGAACACUGGAGACUCCUUCCAUAAAUGUUCCAUAAAUAAUCAUCUCCUUGCAGAAAGCUUGUUCAUUUUUCUUGGUUAAUUAACACACUUUUUUUUUUUUUAAUGUUUAAUAAUUAGUCUUGAAUUAUGUGAAGCAUUCACCAUACAAGUCUCUGUGAAAAUUGUUACCAUAGAAACAACGAUAAUGUAUUAGAAUGAGUGCAUUAAUAUAAGCUCGUUCUUACAGCCGGAACUAUCGACAGAUCUACUGUUAAAGAAAAAUAAUCAACACCUUCUGACCAAUCAGAAAUGAGCAUUCAACAGCGCAUGAAUGUAAUGGAAUAAAUGCACAGACUCAGAAUCCAGUACUCAGGAUUUGUCUUCUUUUUUCUUUCCAUGAAAGGAUGGUCAGGCUGAAGUGGCUGGAGGGGUUUGUCCAGACACAAUUCAUGUCAAAUUAUUGCCAAAAACCACACCCCAAGACUUUUUACUUCCAACAAAAGGAGGCCGUGUAUAUGGGAAAACACAAGUACAAAAGUUAACAGG